AUGGAAAAAGAGAGUUUUGAUACUGCCCUUAGAGAACUAACGUCAAAGCGUAGCUCAUUUAAAGGUCGUCUCACUAAAUUUAAAAAUACUUUGGAGAUUUUGAGUAAUUCAAAGUCUAUCCCACAAUCAGUAGUAGAAAUCAGUAAGCUAUCAAUUAAAUUAAGUAGAUUUGAGGGAUUAUUCACUGAGUUUGAUGAAUUGCAAACUCAGAUUGAGAUUUUAAAUGUGGACAGCCAAGAAGUCGAAUUAAAUAUUAGAGAUAUUCUUGAACAAGAUUUCUGUUACUGUAUUGCUACUGCCCAACAAUUAAUUGCUGACAACUCCUCACCAAGAAAAUCCUCGCACUCUUGCUGCUCUAAUGAGGAUGAUAGGGACAGAUCAUUGUUGGGAUUUAAGUUGCCUACCAUACAAAUUACUAAAUUUGACGGUUCAUAUUAUAAGUGGUUGGAGUUCAAAGAUAUUUUUACAUCCCUAGUUCAUGAUAAUAACAAAAUUAAAGAUGUCCAUAAGUUUUAUUAUUUAAAUUCCUAUUUAGAGGGAGAGGCCGCCCGUGUAAUAAGUAACUUGGAAGUCGUGGAUAAAAAUUAUGUCAAGGCAUGGCAGCUUCUCUGCGAACGAUAUGAUAAUAAACGUCAACUAAUAAAUAAUCACUUAAAGGCUUUAUUUAACAUUGAUACGGUUAGGGAAUCUGAAAAAUCCUUAAGAUUUAUUAUAGACCAUAUCUCAAAAAAUCUACGUGCCCUCCACACACUAGGGUUGCCCACCGAGAGCUGGGACAUGAUCAUAAUCUUCAUAGUUUCUCAGAAACUGGAUGCUACCACAGCUCUCAAAUGGGAGGAGUGUAGGAGUAAUAUAAGGGACUUGCCUACAUUGCAUGAUUUCUUUGAGUUUUUGAGAAAUCGGGCUGAUGUAUUUGAGACUAUCAAUAAAAAUAAGAAUAUCAGACGCAGCUCCAGUGCGGAUAUGCCGUGCUCUCCAAAACACAAGUUCCAAACAUCUAAAUCAUUUGCCACAACGUCUUCUAGUACAAAAGCCAUUGCAUGCUCGGUAUGCAAGGGCAACCACCGAGUCUAUGAGUGUCUAGCAUUCAAAGCUAAAUCUAUACGGGACAGGCUAUCUCUAGUAUCCUCUUUAAAUUUGUGCAGAAACUGUCUUCGCAACAACUGCAAUGUUGAGCACUGUCGGCUGCCAGGUGGCUGCAAGAUCUGUAGGCAGCGCCACAACACCCUUAUACAUGUCCCUGAGUCGGUGGAUGAGUCGAGCGCUCCUGUUGAAACAGUCUCUAUGUCGUCCUUGUCUUCAACUGAGUUGGCGGAUCCAACGUUCAAUAUACCUUCUGAACCAGACAUGAUCCUGGGUGCAGAACUAUUUUGGAGUAUCAUAGGUACCGAGCAUCAUUCCCUUGACCUCUUAGUUCACUACCAGGCCCAUCAUUUGCCGAAGUCAAGGAGAGCCGCUUGGACCGAUAUCAACGUCUAGAGAGAGCCAGGCAACACUUUUGGAGAAGAUGGUCCAGUGAAUAUGUGGCCGAGCUACAGCAGCGAGUGAAGUGGCGCACCAAAUGCACUAAUCUGAAGGUGGAUGAUCUUGUAUUAAUAAAAGAGCCUAAUGCU